AGAACGUACAGAUCCAUUCCUCUGACAACUAUCAAAGAAACAGUAUGAAGGUUAUUGUGCUUCUUCUGCUUAUUCUGGCUGCAAAUGCCAAGAUAUUUGAGAGAUGUGAACUAGCAAGAGCUCUAAAAGCCUAUAGAAUGGAUGCUACAGGUGUCAGUCUUGCUAAUUGGGUCUGCUUGAUAAAGUCGGAGUCUGGUUUCAACACACAAGCUAUCGGCCGCAACCGUGAUGGAUCAACAGACUAUGGGAUUUUUCAAAUCAACAGUCGUUAUUGGUGCUAUGAUGGUAGAACCCCUGGCCGUACCAGCAAUGACUGUAAAAUCAACUGUUCACGCCUGCUGAGCGCUGACAUUUCUCAAUCUGUUAAGUGUGCCAAGAUCAUAGCAAAGCGGCAUGGCACUUCGGCAUGGUACGGUUGGAAAAAAACCUGCGCAAAUCGUAAUGUGAGACCAUAUAUUGCAGGAUGUGGAGUAUAAAGAUUUUUCCUUAUGUCUAAAUCCCAAAUGAUGUUAAAAUAAUUUCUUUCACGCAAAGAAACAUGUUUAAUGUAACUUUAUUUCUUAAGCAUGCAUAGCCAAUUUUGACUUACUGCAAUUAAAAUAAAGUAAAAUAAAACUGCU